GUCAGUUGCUUCCUGCAAUUGAUCAAUUAAAGAUCUGAAUAAACAUUAGUGUCUUUCAAAUAAUAUAGUUUAAUAAUAAUAACAACAACAAAAAAUAAAGCUGCAGCAGUCUCUCUUUUUCUCAUAUUUAAGAGCCUAAACCAUUCUCUAUAUAAAACGGAUUAGAGUGCAGAGACCCUUGUGCACGCCUCAGGUUUCAACCGGUAAUGGAAUUACAUUCGCCUUUCUCGCCGGAAUUGAUUUCCAUUUGCGAGCAAGCCUCAGUUUUUCAAGAAAUGUCCCUGGAACGACAUCUCAGAGACACAGCAUCUUCCCCGGAAAGCAGUAUUCUGGAUAAAAUUGGUCUUUUGAGAACGACCUUUAGAGCCCUGGAUUUACAGGAUCCAAAGCCACAGGAUAAUAUCUUCAUCCAGCAGCUUGAAAACGAGAGAACGAUCCCAGUGUUCGAGAAUAAAUAUGGAAGCAUUGAAACGAAGAAGGAUUUCAAUAUUGUAAGGAAUAGGAUAAGUCGGGAAAAAAGUUUUAAAGAAGAAGAAGAAGAAGAAGAAGUUGAAGAAAUAGAAGAAGAAAAGCUUCGGUCAAUAUCCCUCGAUGAAGUUGCUUGGCAUGAUACACUUGACGAUUGUUGGCUCAUCAUUUACGACUAUGUUUACGAUUGUACGGAUUUUGUCAAGAAUCAUCCUGGAGGACAGGAUAUUCUACUCGAGUAUGCAGGACGAGAUGCCACACUAGCGUUCAUUGGCACCGGACACUCCAAAGUAGCCAAACAGAUUCUUGAGCGAUAUCUAAUUGGUGAACUUCCUCUUUCGGAAAGAAUAUUUCGCACUCCAGAUGGUGUAAGAAUAGUGGAUUUUUGAUUUUUUUUUUUUUUUUAAUCAAUCGUGAGCUGGUAAUUUUAAAACAUAUAAACAAUCUACAUAAAUGAUACGCAUUCCAAAAAUUAGAAUUAUCCAAUUAGCACAAUUUCAAUCAUAUGUUGACAAAUUAAUAAAUUAGUAUUAUUUAACCAAAUUUUCGUUUGUAAAAAAAAAAAAAAUUUUUAACAUUCUAAUAUUGCUGAUUUUAAUUUUUUUAUUUAACUAUAUGAAAUGAGUAAGUUUAAUAAUAAUUUGACAGAGUUUUUAAUUAAGAGGAUAAUAUCCCGAAACUUGAAACUUUCGUAUAAAAUUUUAAUACAUAGUGAAAAGUUAAAACUUGUAAUUGUACUUUUGUAACUUGUAUAAAAAGCAAUUGUUAGAAGGCGGAACUCUUCAACUUUCCUUCAACUUGGUUUAAUGAAAAUUUCUCCAAGCUAUAAAAAUUUGGUUGUAUAUAUAACAUUUUUCUAAAUUUUAUUUAUUUGGUUCUAAUUUUUGGGAAAAAAUUACUAAUUUCUCGCUGAUUCAGAUUUAUUUAGAUAUUAUAUUUAUUUCACAUUAAUUUCAACGAGAGUAUUUAUUAUAUAAUAAUAAUUAUUAUUAAUAGUAACUGUAAUAUUACUAGUAGAAAUUUUUAAUAGUAACAUUAUUGCUUUCAUUAUUGCACUAUUUAUUAAAACAGAUUACUUUUAUUAUAUAUAUUCUACAUCAUCGUAUUUAUUUUAUGAGUGGAAAAAUUUUUUACUUAAUGUAGAACAUAUUGUAUAUAUAGAUGACUUGACUUUAUAAUAUGAAAGUAUAUCUAAUUUUAAUAUCACAUUGUCUGCAAAUAUUUUUUAACAUUAAUUAUAACAAUUUUCACAUUUGUAAAAAAAUAUAGAAAAAUAUACUUCUGAAUUUGUAAUUUACAAUCU